GACGAUCGAAUCCCUCGAGGAAUUCUCUUCAUCUCUCAUGGCGCCCAAGGCCGGGAAGAAGCCCGCGGAGAAGAAGCCUGCCGCCGCCGAGAAGGCCCCGGCGUCUGAUGACAAGGAGGAGAAGAGUGCCGAGAAGUCUCCUGUCUCCGCUGAGAAGAAGCCCAAGGCAGGGAAGCGGUUGCCGUCGAAGGAGGGCGUCGGCGCGGGCGGCAUAGACAAGAAGAAGAAGAAGGCAAAGAAGGGGAGCGAGACGUAUAAGAUCUACAUCUUCAAGGUGCUGAAGCAGGUGCACCCGGACAUCGGGAUCUCCAGCAAGGCCAUGUCCAUCAUGAACUCCUUCAUCAACGACAUCUUCGAGAAGCUGGCCCAGGAGGCCUCUCGUCUCGCCCGCUACAACAAGAAACCCACCAUCACGUCCCGCGAGAUCCAAACCUCCGUGCGCCUCGUCCUCCCUGGCGAACUUGCCAAGCAUGCCGUCUCCGAGGGCACCAAGGCCGUCACCAAAUUCACCAGCUCCUAGAGACUCUGCGACUUGUGGAUCGUUAAAAAAAAAUAGGGUUAGGGUUUUAAGAUGCUUUUUGUGAAUCUGUUUUUAUUCGGCCGAUGUAAUAAGUCUUUGAUGAUAGAAGAUAGAAUAUCGUGACCUGCCUUUCUUAGACAUGUUGAAUUACGAUUCCAAUUGUUUCUGCUGGCUCUAUUGGAAGAUAUGUAUAACAUUGCACGUUUCUCUGUGA